CGGGGAUGAUUUCCGGUUUCGCUUUCUUGCUGUAGAUUUUAAACUCACUUUAGUAAAGAGGUUGAUUGUGAAACGGCAUAUCACUCAGCUACAAAACAGCAUUACUUUAAUGUUGAUCUUUUUAAAUUUGAUUCUAAGGGUAUUAUUAUAAAUAUUAUGACUAAAAUUUAAAUAUACACGAUAUUCUGUAUAUUAGAAAUGCGCUAUAAAAUGAUUUUACACACAAAAUAGGAACAGUUGGUAAUGGUAUCAAAUUCUUCAAAUAUCAAUAUUCAAGAAGUUCAAGUAUGGUCAUGAUGACGGAUGGGAAAUGCAAACGAUGGAAUGUGAAUAGAAUUGUGAAUUGAUUUGUUGAUGAGCAGGUAACUUUCAAUCCCCAUUAGUGAGUUUUCAAUUUCAUAAUGGAUUUUAUUUUAAGACCUCCAAUCAGAUUCUCAUUUAAUCUAUAAUCAAUCUAUAUUAUAUGAACCCUAAGAUAGGGCCUGUUAUUUUUGAAUAUUUGUCAAUCCUCUGAACACCAGUUGCAAAUUCAAGAAAACACUAUUGAAACUAUUUUGAAUGAGCAGUUACUUUGGAAAGUCAAAAAUGGUUUACCAAAUACAUGGUCAAAUGUGAUAAUAGUCACUCAACAACUUCAAAUACUGUCUGAAAACGUGUUCUUUGUGGCUAAAGUGAAACAUGCCAUGGUCUGUUUCCAAGCUUCUUUUGCGCUUUUCAGCCUUUUCACUUUAGCCUUUAGUGAAAAGGCUGAAAAGCGCAAAAGAAGCUUGGAAACAGACCAUGGCAUGUUUCACCUUUGCAAAAAAUGCCAGGUGCAUAUACUGCAUGUCAUAUUACACGGACAGCAUUUCCACGGGUAACCAUACAGUGGCUGAUCACGUCAGACUAAGGACAAGGGACAUUGACUGCUAUGAGACAGUGUUCAGCAAGUUACACUAACCAAUGAAUGGAUGCUGUCAUACAGAAACCUUCAGCAUUGUGGCAUAAAUUUGCAGAAUGUUUCCUGACUUAAUAUUGUUUGCAAGAUGAACCAGCGUUUUCGGUCUGCCAGCCAUGGAAUUGUUUAUUUUAUAUUAUUUAUAAGCAAAGACCACUCCAUUUAUUCAGAAUCAUAGAGGUAAACAAUUAUGUUGCCAAUUAUUGGGGCCGCCUGGCACUUUCUAAAGAAAAGUAAACUAUUUAAAAUUUGGGACCAGCGUUCAGAGGAGUGCCGAAUAUUUUAUAAUACGGUAAAAUAAUGUACUAUAAUGCCUGAUCACUGAUAGAAUAUUAAAAAUUGAAGCAAAGGUAUGACUCAUGAAAUAAUAUGAUCUUUUGGUCAGUUCAAUAAUCAAUCUAUCUGGAAUCACUAAUACAACUUAAGUAAAGACUAAGUGUACAAUCACAGAACCAUGAAAUGAGACUGAGUGAGUACACAUUUCAAAAACUUAACACUAGGUCUUUCACACUCUGUCUACUCAAAAUGACUUAUUGACUGUCAUGUAAAAAUGACUGUCCAAGUACAAUCAUUAUGAUGAAUUAUUAGAUAAGUAAAGCUUACUACAGGGCAGCCUCACGGUCACGGUCAUAUAGUGAGAACCACCAACAAUGAUUUACAGGUGAAUUACUGCUAUGGCCUUUAUUCAAGCCUCAGCCAUAUGUCAGUCAGUUACUGUAAUGUGUUUUUCAUAUUGGUUUGGAUAUCUCAUUCUCAUUUGUAAAGUAAGCUUUGAUUUUGGGUUAGGGCCUUGAAAGUCUAAAACUGUAAUACUUUGGCUAAUCAACCAGACAAAUCCUAUUUGAAAAAAAAAAGAAUUUGAUGCUACAAUAUGAAAUAUUUUGUUUUUAAAAAAUUCAAAUUUGCAGACUUAUUAACAUUUUUGUUGGAAGAUCAUAAAUGGCUUUUCGUUUGUGAAAAAUAUGAGUGGAUAGACUUAAAGUUAAAUAAAUGCUAAAUAGCUACUUAUAAAUGCUUACACAAGGUUAUUUAUUUGAUGUAUUGACACUUAUUGACAGACUGUUAUUUAAAUGGAUGGACAGAAAUGUGAAAACAACCAUCAACUUGAAAGUAUAAACAAAAAAACAGUAUUUUUGUUUAAAAGUCCAAAAGACAAUGAAAUAGACAGAUAUGCUGAGGUAAGAAAGUUUUUUUAUCCACAUUAAAAAUUAAACAAUAGAUUAAUAAAACAUACAUUUUUUUACUACUUAAGUUAAAUAAUGGUUGUUUAAAUAAUUGGUUAGCAUUGAAAUUAGAAAAAAAAGAAAAUUUAAAAAACAAAACAAUUUCUAUCUGUUUUGGGUUACCGGUACCAUACCAUGAAUGGGGUGUUAGGGACCUUUUGCUUCUUUUCGGUUUUGAAAAUGAAAAAAAGAGUCAUUGUCAAAAAGAGUUAAAAUAAAAGCUUCAACAAAAGAAGAAGUUGGGUAAAAGUAUUUAAAGACCAUAUUUCACUUGGCAAGUCACUUAUGACAAAGAACUGGAUAAUAGUUGUUAAAUAAAGUUAGAAAAAAAUAACAGCCUAGAUAUAAUUUUAAAACAACUUUGUUAACAUGUAAACUGUAAGCCCUUAGCAAAUGCACUAACACACUCUUGGCACAAAAAAUUUCUUAACAAAAACCUUUUGAAAUAGUGCAAAUCUUGUCAAACGAGAAAUGCACAAGGGUUUCUGUGACACAUUUGCCAUCCCAAAAAUAUUAUGAAUGGGGUGUUAGGGACCUUUUGCUUCUUUUUGGUUUUGAAAAUGAAAAAAAGAGUCCUUGAUUUUCACAAAAUGUUUUAGUAAUUUUUAUUAUUAUGAUAUAAGAAAUGAUAGAGAAAAAAUCAAGAUUUAAAAAAAAUAAAAUAAUAUGAAAUGUGAUUAUUUAAGAAAUAAAUACUGUACAUGUUUAAAAAAAUUAAGAUCCUAUGAUAUGCAUAAAAUUGGUAGAAAAAUUGAUAUGGCAAGCAUUUAUUGUGCCAUUGAUAUAAACAAGUUAACAGAACACAGUCCCCCAUAAUUUAAUUUUGCCCAAGACUGUGAAGAGAAUAUCAGAUAAUAAAGGGGAAAAAAUCACUUUGAAGAGUAUGAAAAUAAUGCUGCCUCCCUCCAAAAAUAAGGGUCCCAGGUGAACAGCCCUCUCUCUAUGCCCAUGAAUUGUAAGAUCUUAUAAAGUAUCUGCCAAUUUGAGAUGUUUGUUUAUAACACAUUACAAAUAGAGGUCAAGUCCUCAUGGGGUCUUUUAACAUGCUAGUUGUUAGUUGUGAAUAAACCUCUGUGUGCAUUUUGUGUUAACUUCUCAAAUUCUGAACAUCCACAUGUUGAUGUAAUGAAAAAGCACAAUAAAAUCUUGCUAAGUUUCAUAAGAACAAGGUAAGCUAAACUUGAAUUAAUAGACAGGACAAAAGAUUUGGACGUUUUGGCUUAGAGCCUUCAUCAGCAAACGUUUUGUCUUGUUUGCUGCUAAGGGCUCUAAGCCGAAACAUCCAAAUCUUUUGUCCUGUCUAUUAAUUCAAGUUUAGCACACCUUGUUCUUAUAUUUCAUUUACACAACUUGGAUGCAGUCCAUCAAUUAUUAGUGUCAUAAUAUUGUUUGUGGUUAUGUACCUGUAAAAAAAUUUACUUUCUUUUUAUUUUGCUAAUUUUAUUCUUCUCUUUGUUCAAAUAAUGUUGUACAUGAUCAUCAUUCUGGCAGAACCUGAUUUUGGUUCUGUUCCAAGUGUUAAUGCUAUUCACAGGUUUCACUGUUCUUGUACCAUGAUGCUUACUUGUAUUGAACAAAAAUGUGUGUAUUCAACAACAGUUUCAUACAAUUUAUUCUUCAGACUCUAGAGAAAGCAGGGAUUCCCAGUGUCUCACUCCCAGUUUUGUCAUUUAGUUUUGUUAAUCAGUCUCUUCUCAAGUCUUACAUGUCAGCAUUUCAUCUAUUUUCUGCCAUCAUAUUUACUAGUGUUAGAGCUGUGGAGGCUGUUGUCAAUGUAAUGAAAGGUAAAUCUCAUUUUAUUUUUGUAGAUUCUAAAAAAAAAAAAAAAGAAUGAAAUAAGAGUGACUACAGUUUGGUUUUACUUUAAUUGGUGUUAAAAAUGGAAUAGAUUUUGAAUUUGUUAGAAGAAAGAUAAGUUAUUUGCUUCAAAUUUUAUUUUAAAAACCUUUGAAAACUUUGCCACACUAUUUUUUUUUUUCGUAAUUCAUUUUAAAAUUACUGAAAAUUUGUAUACCAAUAGUGUCACGGCUGGUCAGUAAAAAUAUUGUUCGGAAAAUUUAUUCGACAGAACUUAAUAUUGAGAAUUUUGCACACCUUGAAAGCUUUGUUGUUGGGAAAGCAACAGCAGAGGCAGGUUAGAAAUAUAUUUUAAAACAAGUAAUACUAAUUUCAUCUAUUUAAUUAAGAUUUACUGAAAGUGACAGUCUGGCUGAUAAAAAGCAUUAAUCAUCUAAAUUGUUUUUACUUUUUAUUGUUACGUAUUAGAUAUUUUUGUAUUUUUUAAUACUAACUAUAUAGAGAGGUGAAAGUUUAUAAUACUGUAUCAAAACAUUGGUGUCUUCAUUAAGUUACCAUAUCAAAAAUAUUUAUUUUCUACUUGUAGCAAGAAAAGCCAAUUUCAAUCCUAAAGGUGAAGAUACGGGCCAUGGUGAAGCGUUAGCAGAUUUUAUUUUACGACAGGGUGAGUUCAAAUAAAAAACUUAUCAGAACAUUUUUUGUCUGCAUUCCGUAUACCUGUAAUUGAAAACACCACCUUACUUACACGGACAGCCUUUACUAUGGAACAGCUUGUAGGCACCAACAAGAAUGAAAGACGUAACAAAUUAUUUGUACUAUUGUGCACCUCGCUAAUUGCUUGUUUGAUUGGCUAUGAUGAUAUUUAUUUAAUGCAUUAAUUUUUGGCCCUUGAUUGCCAUGAGCUUGAAAGUCUCAUGUCAAGUACGGUCCUUCAAAACCUUUAUUUGUGACACUUUGAUAACUAGCUUAAAAAUUAAUUGAAUCAAAGCAAAAUAUUAUUAAUGAGGAUUGAUGAAAUGCCAUUGCUCUUACAAUUAAGAUUUUUUUUUUCUCCAUUCUUAUUCGAUACUGUUAAAAUUAUACUGUCUGCUAAGGGUAUCAGUACGGUAACAACUAACUUGCUUUUUUUCAAGUUUCCUAGCAUUGCCCUUGUCCUUUAACUUAAAAUAUUAUCUCAGUUUUACUUUUGAGAUGUUCUGAAAAAAAAAAAAAUAAUUUUUUUCUACAGUUAAGUCUGAUAAAAGCAAGACCUUCUUGUAUCCAUGCUCUAACAUACGCAGGGACAAUUUGAAAGAAAUGCUGACAAGUAAUGGUAGGUUGUUUUACCUUAUUCUUUUCUUCUGCUUUUUUAUUGGUACACAAUUCUUUUAACUGUUACACUAUCGUAACUUGACAUGUAAAUAGUUUUAAAUAUACAUUUGUUUUGUUUAAUUAUUGUAUGUUUAUUAAUUUUUUAAGUUCUUGAUUAUUUUUGUUAAAUUGUAAUAACAGCAUGGGUAGGGCUGGGGUACCACGCUAUAUAAAACCACUUAUAAUAAUAAUAAUAAUGUCAUAAAAAUUAUUUCAUUUUCCAAUUUUUAUCAGGUGAGUUCAUGACAGUUAAAAGUUAGCUUCAGUUAUAGAUUUUGAAAGAAUUUUAAAAAAAAAUAUCUAGUUCUUAUCUACCUCAUGGUUUUAUUAAUUUUACAGGUUGUUUAUAUUCUAAAUGAAUAUGACAUCCAAGCAGCAUAAAAAAAUACACAGCAAAACUUAUAUGUUUUAUGUUAAAAUAUGUUUACAUCAUUGUAAAUGUAUUUCAGGUCUGUCAGUUACAGAAGUUAUAGCAUAUGAAACCUGCCCCAAUGAAGAAUUGAAGAAUGCAAUUCAUGGAGCUCUUGCGCAACUGGUACUUAAAAAAACUAUCUUAAACUUAAACUAAAAUGAAACAGCUGGUACCUACUGAUAAAUAAUUUUAAGAGCAUUUUUGGCUUAAAAGUUAUAUCUAAUGGUAGUUAAUGCCAUUAUUUAUACCAAUAAAUUAACAGGCGUCUUAUUAAAUCAUUAACUAAGCAAUUUAAAGAUUUAGAACAUCAAUUGUUUUGACAAAGCAUGAGAGAAAGAGUCUUGAGGUGAAUAUUUAAGAUACACUUUGAAAUAACUGUCAAUAUUUCCAGGGUGUUCCAAACUAUGCAGUUUUCUUCAGUCCAUCAGGUUUUCAGUAUACUCUCACAGUUGUGGACAGAGAUUCUUUACCACUUGAAAAAGUGAAAGUAAGUUUAUCUAAAAGAAGACUUGGGUAUUUCAUUUUACUCUCCUUAUUUUUAUCAUUAGCUAUUUAAAACAAUGUUAACAUUUUAAAAUUUAAUAUUUUUUAAAAUAAAUUCUUCUCAUAUGUUUUAUUUUAAUUUGACAGAUUAUCGCCCUUGGCCCAGCAACUUACAAAUCUAUAUGUGAUUUAGGCUACACUCCACAUGGCAUGGCUGAAAAACCUGACCCUGAUAGUUUACUACAAUUACUGAAAUAAACAAGUAUCGUGCCAUUAGCAGAUAUUUUAAAUGUAAUCAGAAAUAUAAACACAGUUACUUAUUGUUAUGAGACUUAUCAUAACACAGUUUUCGUUAUAAAGUAAUAAAUUUCUAAAUUUAACCCCCAAAAUACUCUAAAUAUCUGCAGUGUUGGAGCUGUGGAGGAUAUCGUCAAUUUAAUAACAGAUCAUUUUUUUUUUGUAUGUAGAUUUACUAUAACUAUAAUUAAGAAUAAUCUUUUUUCCAUACAUUUAAUUUUUGGAAAAAUAAGUAAACACUACUUAAGAUCACUUGGCUUUUUUUGCUGUGACAAUAUGGCUAAAUGAGCUUCCUUCAACAAAUAUUCUGUGAAUAUAGUUGUUUUGUUUUUUUAAAUGGCUGUUUCGGUGAACAUCUCUUUAAAAAAGUGUGUUUUUUUUGUUUGAUUCUCAGUUGUGGUUAAAAAAAAUAAUUUACUUUUAUUAUAUUUAUAAUUAAUAAACCUUGAGUUUUGUAACUAUUUUAUUUUUUAAUUAAGGUAACUUAAUUAUUAUUUUUUUGGCAUCAGGGUAAAUUAUUGUGUCUGUUUUUAAAGAAAAGAAUUAAAUGAACCUCACUGAUGCUAACUUUUAAAUAGGUAAAAUAUGAAACGCUAGGUUAGAUAAGUUAAUGUUGAAUUUUUCCUUACAAUAAAUUAUAAUAAUUGUCAGAUUAAAUAAAAAUUAUUAUAGUAAUUUAAAUGAAGAAUCGCUUUUGAUUUACUUUAAAGGUUAAUCCAAAUAUUUGCUAUAUCGUGUCAAGUCUUACAUGGUAGCUCAAUGACCUUUUGCCAACUUUGGACUGAUUGUGGCUAGUGUUUAAUAUGGCUGAAUCGUAGCUGCACUGCCGUUUCUGAAAAGUCUCUUAAAAUAAUUUUAUCAUUUCUAUUAAAUUUCAUUGCAAUAUGCCGUAACAUACAAAGCUCUAUUUGUAUAUUUGAUGUUAUCUCAGGAUGUAGUGUAUAUUGACAAAAGAAUUCUUUUCUUAACUUCUGUGCCAGGUGUGGGCAACAUUCAUAUAUUCAGCUAUUUUGUAACAUAGGGGCAGGAUGCAAUCAAGAUAUUCAACAGUUCGGUAUAUAUGAACAUGCUAUGGUAUGUUAAAGCUUUACAAAACAGUUUUUUUUUUUUUAAAAUAGGGAUAGAAGCCUUCAUUGUCAUCUACAGAGCCGAGUUUGUUUUCUUCUACCAGGUAUUCAUCCUACUUUGGCUCUUUCUCUCUUUGUUUUUGGGUAAGGGUCUCUAUUACUAGCUCACAGUUUUUUUUUUCAUGCUUUAAUUUACCUUGUGCUUCAUAUAUACCAAACAUUUUAAUGACUAACACCAGUUUACUGUUAUUUAUUCAGUCCUGCAUUAGUAUAUUCCAGUUACCUGUUUUGCCCUAUAACUAAUAAGUUAUAUUUAUUUAGAGAGUCCUUUUGUUAUCUGAUUCUACCUAUGCAAUCUAUAAUAAAUGUGUUUUUAAAAUGUUAAUUGAUGAAAUAAACAUAGCAUAUUUUGAAUUU